AUGUGUUGGUAUAUAUGGCAUUAUGUAUAGGAAAUUGGCCAGUAAUUGAACUACGAUGGCUCGAUUGGUAGUGAUUUGUGUGGCUUUGCUGGUCUGUCUGGCUGGAGUGUAUUCAGCUCCCCAAUUCGGCGGUUCCUUCAGUCAAGCGAACGCUCAGGCCGGCGCAUUCGGCGGCGGACCAUACGGACCCGGGUUCCAACGCCCUUUCGGACCCCCCGGACCUCCGGGCUACGGACCCGGGUUUGGAGGCCCGGGCUUCGGUCGGAGAUUCGGCAACAGGGGCAACACUAACAUAAGCAUAUCGAAGAGCAUCAGUAUUAGUAGAGGGGGCGGCGGUGGGGCGCAGUCUAGUGCGCAAUCUAGUGCGGGAUCUGGGGUUUCGGGAAGUGAUUAGGGGUAGAAAUAAUGUAUUUUUAAUAGGUUUACAAUAAAACGUUAAAGCUCAA